UGAAUAAGCAGGCGGGCUCCUUCACAACGCUUUGUAAUCACGUCGUUUUGCAAGCGGGGCCCCCUAUCUCCCUCUAGUAUGCCUAAGAAAGGACAAGGGGGGCCAAAAGGGAAGGGAAAGGCCCCCAGAGCAGGGGGGAGAUGCCCACCCCCAGCGGCGGAGGGGGCAAGGAGUGGGGAGGGGCCACCAUGGGCGGCCAUAUUAGCCAGGUUGGAAGCCCUAGAACAUGGCUCAAGCCACCCUAAUGCACCCCGGGACCAACCUGUGACAGGGAAGAAGAAAGACCCACCACCCAAACGGUCUCGGGGGAAAACACAGCGGCCAGUGAACAGUGCUGAUGCAGGGGCUGUUGCUUCCAUCUUAGCGCGACUGGAUGUGCUGGAGGCCGGGCUCAGGGCUGAGGCGAGGACGCCCAGCAUAGAGCCAGGCGCAACUCCCACCCUGCAAGCAGCCCCAACAAUGCAGCCCGCACAAGGACCUUCGGCGGAAAGCACACAGGAUCGCUGGACAAGAUCGGAGCAGCCACGCAUCCUCCUAUGUGGCCACAGUAUGAUGUUCUGGGCAGGCCGCAGGGCGGCGAAGUCUCGCUUCGGCACGCAGCUGGGGCUCAGUCAAUGGGCCGCAGUGCGGUGGCUGGGUCGUCGGGGGAUGCGUUGGGAUGGGCUCCUGCCAGCCUUGUUUCAACCGGCUGUGGAAGUGGCAGCGCCCCAGGUGCUGGUGAUCCACCUCGGGGGCAACGACUUGGGUCUGUUAAAGGGCAAGGCCCUAAUUGAACAGGCAUGCGGUGACCUCCGGGCCAUUGCACGUCGCUGGCCGGGGGUGCACUUAGUGUGGUCAGACAUCCUGCCGCGCAGGAGGUGGAAUUGUGCCGGUGACCCACGAGGGAUGGACAGGGCACGGAAAAAGGUGAACAGGCAAAUUCAGAGGGCCCUUAGGGACUUAGGAGGUUCUGUCAUCCACCACCCAGAGGUGGGCCACAACAAGCUUGAGCUGUUUCGGCCUGACGGCGUCCAUUUGACGGACAAGGGCAACGACAUCUUUCUAAGGGACCUGCAGAAGGGUUUACACCAGAUUCUUAUCGGGUGUGGGGUAAAGGGGGACUAAGCAGAGGCUUGUCCCCCUUCUGUGGCGAAGAAGUGCGGGGAAAGGUUAAAGGGAAAGGGCAGCUAGGUGACACCUUUAGGCACCUUUGGGGGUGACAGGCGGUCCGGAGGCCUGCAGCUCAGGGCUACACGGCCCGGGGACAGGGUACGGGCCGCCUUUGGGGCCAACGUGCCUCAUCCGCUCAGAGUUUCAGGGCUCCGAGGGGCGGUGAUGCGGGUUGGACCCCCUACACAUCUUCAGGGUGUGGCUGGAGCUGGGGGGCUGGCACAGGGCAGCCCCAGGCUCAGGCAGGGCAUGAUCGCCCGAUAGCUGCUAACAGGCUUUGCCUGGAUCUCCAGAACGCCCCGCCCUUAAUCUCCCUUCUGCAGGUUCAUUAUUCAAUUGAUUCUGUUUAAAUAAAGUGGCCCAUCAUUUACCCAAGCAAUGGUGUCUGUGUUUUAUUUCGGCAAUAGGCCGCAAUCCCGUUCCGUGCCUGGGACCUACCGGGCAGAGGGACGAGCUUGCGGCCGCUGUCGAUGUCCCGGCCGCCAUCUUGGAUGGGAUGCGUGCACACACGGCGCGCUGGCGCGCCGUCGUGUGACGCGGCAGGGAGGCGG